UAAAUAUAAUAAAUAAAAACUUAGCAUCACCGAGGAAAUUAUUUGAUUCAAAAUUUACUUAAAUCUGUCACUUUUUACUCUGCUUACUAGAAUCUAGCCUCUAGAUUGACUAGAUCUAGAUCUAUAUAUCUAAAACUUAAUAAUGGAUCCAAAGCAUUUAGCAAGGUUGAAAGAAGAGCAACAGAAAGCUAUUCAGGAGACAGAUACUAAGAUUGAACAGAUGGAAAAGUUCAAAACAGAUUAUAAAGCUCUGCAAGAUAGAUUAAAAACUCUUCCAGAUAAAAUCACACAUGAUGUUAUGGUGCCUUUUGGGAAAUUAGCAUUUAUGCCUGGUCAGAUAGUCCAUACUAAUGAGAUUCUUGUUCUGCUUGGGGAUAAUUGGUUUGUUGAAAGAUCUGCCAAACAGGCAGCUGAGAUAGCUGAAAGGAGGAUCAAAGAGCUUAAUAAAACUGUAAAUGGUUUGAAAAGCCAGAGAAAACUACUUGAACCACGCAUAGACUUUACUUCACAACUGCAAGCAGAACUGAUGGGUCAAGGGGAUGUAAAUGAAAUAGUUGAAGAGUUUGAUGAAGAAAAGGAGAAAUUGUGGGAUGAACAGCAUAAGAAAAAUGUGCGCAGGUAUAAAGAAGAGUUAAAACACAAGACAAAUGAACCUGCUAGGAGUGAAAUGAAUGCAGUCAACACAGAUCUCUGGUCAAGGCUUGAUGAGCUAGAGAGAUUAGAAGCUGAAAAGGGUGAGCUAAAAAGCAGUUCAGAAUCUGAAGAUGAGGAAGCAGAUUCUAGAGUGGUAGAUACAAAAGUAACAUUAGAAAAAAAGCCAUCAAAUAAAGCUGUUCAAUGGGAGGACACACAGACACAUACAAGUAGCCAGGAAGAGGAAUCUGAAGAUGAUAACUUGUCCAAUGAAGAUGAAGAAGAGGUAGCCGGCCAAGAAGUUAAAAGAAUAAUAACUUUUCAUCAUACACCAACACCAGCCAUACUGCCUCAUCAAGUGAUGACAGAAGGGGACACAAGUAUUCAAAGUCCUGCUGACAUUUAUAAACUUUACUGCCCCAAGCCAAUAUUAAAAAAAGUGAUUUGUGAAGAAACCAAUGAAAAUAUAAGCCAAAAUAUGGAUAAAAUGGUUGCUUCCCUUGAAGAGGACAGAACAGAGUAUUGUUUGUUUACAGAAAAAGACAGUAAUUGUUCUGAACACAGGUCUAGCUCCACAGACUCUUUUUCAUAUGAAAAGACACAAUCUAAAGCUUCCUUGGCAUUUACGGGCAUGGUAGUUGAAAAAUCAGAUGUAUCCAAGUCAGACACACCUAAUCUAAUUCCUAAGGAUGACCCACCCAAGAGGGUAUCAAAAUUUAGAUCAGAGAGAAUGUCACAGCACUGACAGAAUGACAUUAAAGAAUUUUUUUUUAAA